ACACACACACACUGACACACACACACUGACACACACACACUGACACACACACACUGACACACACACACUGACACACACACACUGACACACACACACACGCGCGCUCACCUGGGCCCGCGCCGCGACCAUGCGAUCCCUGCCGACCGCCUCGGCUGCCGCUUGGCUCCUCCUCCUCCUCCACCUCCUCCUCCACCUCCUCCUCCUCCACCUCGUCGCCUGCCAGGCGCUGAGCGUUCUGAACGGUCCCUACAUGACCUCAAGUGAAGUGGUGCGCUUCGAGGAGGUGAUGCAGCGCAGCUACUGCCGCCCCAUGGAGACGAUGGUGCCGGUGUCGCGCGAGUUCCCCGACGAGGUGGCGCACUUCUUCAGGCCCGCAUGCGUGCCGCUGCUGCGCUGCUCGGGCUGCUGCAACGACGAGGGCAGCGAGUGCGUGCCCACGCACACCACCACGGUCACCAUACAGGUGUAUAAGAACAGACCAUCCCAUGGGGGGGGCUUCCAGGAGCUCCCCUUCACGCAGCACAGCGAGUGCGAGUGCAGGGAGCGGAGUGAGCAGUUCAAACCUCAAACCGGCCUCGUGUGCCGGCCGUGCUCGGAGCGCCGCCGCCACCUGUUCGUGCAGGACACCUCGUCGUGCACGUGCUCCUGCAAGUUCUCACGCGAGCGCUGCCGGCAGCGUGGACAGGAGCUCAACCCCCACUCGUGCAGAUGCGAGCGGCCGAGGCGGUGAUGAUGGACGCGACACCGCCACUCGGCACUGCCCUCCCAGCGCUGCCCUUCUCGGGCUGCCCGGCAAGAAUCCGCAGCGCGGCCCUCCCAGCGCUGCUCAUCCAGCGCUGCCCUCCCAGCGCUGCGAUCUAAGCAUCCGCAGUGCUGCCCUUGGACGACAGCCCUCCGGGCAUCCUCAGAGCUGCCCUCCCAGCGCUGCCCUCCCUGCCCUCCCCCACCCCCCGGCGAGCCCGUGGAGGGGAGCUGCUGGCAAGAGAGGAGGUGGGGGGGGUCUCUCCAUGGUGGCACAGCAGAGUGGGUGGAGGGAGGGGGAGCUGCCA